AGAAACGCACAGAAUGUCAUGAGAUCCAAUUUGUUUAUAUUACAAUUAUUAUAAUUUUUUCAUACUUAAAAUUAAUUAAAGUUAUAAAGCGUUAAAAUCAAUAAUAGAACUUUUUUGCAUCUCAAUUAUUGAAGAAUUCAACGACAAAUCUUUUAGAGUUUGUUUAAUGUAUUACAAAUUGUUUUUUAAUAAUGUAUCCCAGUGAUAUGGAUGAUACAUUUCAUUCAUCAUCAACCAACAUUAUCGAUAUAGUAAUUGAUGAAGUGGCUUUAGAAGGUUUAGAUGGAAUAACACUUGAGGCAUUAUGGAAAAGAUUGUCAGGAAGAUUGCAAAUUCAAGAUAAUCUUCCACGAACAUUACAAAAUCAAAUUUGGUCUAUAUGUAUAUCAACAAAAGAAUUUACUUUUUACGAAUUAGAUUCUCCAAGAGAGCCACUUUUUCUAUACAAUCGUUAUGAGUAUGUAGAUCCUGAUUUAGGAAUUAUAUGUGAACCUGAUAAUCUGCCUGAAGAUAUUUAUGGAUAUUAUCCAAUUGACGACUCGAAAAAUAAUAUCAGAGGUUCAUGUAAAAGUUAUUACACAAGAAAACCUAUUGAAAAUAUUCAAGCUUUAAGUCUAGAUGUUGCAGAAAAGAAAUAUGGUCAGACAUUGGUCAUUGUUGGAUCUCAAAUGAUUAGAGAACAAGCUUUAAUUGACGAUAAUGUUUGUCCUACAAUAGAAUUAAAUGUAGUUCAAUAUUGUUUUCUAGAAAGAGUUGGACGAGCUCGAUAUCAUGGAGAAGUUACUCAAGGAAAAAGAAGCCUUGUUUUAUUAAAAGAAGAUCCUAAAUCUUUAUUUUACUACCGAAAAUUUUUACUAAAACAUAAGUUAAUUACAAAACAAUUGCAUUAUCAAAAAAAUGCUGGUCAUGGUACUGGAGGGAGUUUGUUACAUUUACCAAGAUUUUACGUAGAACGUAAACCAAAAAUCGUAUAUUUAGCUGAAAAAAUAAUUGCGUUACUGAAAACUCGAGAAAACUAUUUAGCAGAUUACACAGAAAUUAAACAAGCAUUGCAAAUAGAAAAUAGUAUUAAAAGAUUAUUUAAAACAGCUUGUUUCCAAAAAGUUGUUCGAACUGAUUUAUUAGUUCCUUAUAGAGAGUUAUAUCCUCAUGCAGAUCCAUCAGAGUGGGCCAGAAAAAGUUGUGCUACCAAAGAAAAAAAAAUAAGAGCUGUUCAGCUAAUUGAUCCAAAUAUUGAUGCUAAUGAUUUAUGGAACAAUGAUGAAAUUUUGGAUGAGGAAGAAUCUUAUGAACUUGAUGUAACAAAUCAAAUAAUUGAUGUACCUAUUAUGAAGCAAGCUAAUUGGAUCGUUGAAGAAUCUCGAGAUGAAGGAUUGAGCCAAUUAGAUUUGGCAAAGAAAAUGGGAGUGACGAAAUUACAUGCUCGGAGUACUUUGAAAAACUUAUCAAAACUUGGUCUCAUUGGAACUUAUAUGAAUGACAUUGGACGUCAAAGGUUAACAAAAUAUGUUUCAAAGAAAUUUGAAAAAAAUAGUAAAAUCAGCAAACAAUAUCACAAAGAAAUACAUAAGAUGAAAGAAUUAACGAAAAAUAUCAAUUUGUCUGAAUAUUCAUUUCAAGGUCAGUUUUCAACUGCUAAAAACUUUUUCUAUCCUACGGAAAAUUCAGACGUAGAAUUACUAGAAGAAGAAAAACCAGCAGUUGAUGAUCCAUUUAAAAAUAUUGGAGAACAACAAAUCCGUGGUCAAGCUUUGUUUGGUAUUGUAAAUAAAAUAUUCGCAAAAUACAAUUUAAAAAAAUAUAAACGUGGCUAUGAGAUUUCUUUCAACAAUGUGUCUCAAAUGAAGAAUUUGAAGAACAGAUUAGAUAAAUUGGCUAAUAAAAUAAAACCAAGUCCAAGAAAAGUCAUAAAAUUAAUCACUCCCGAUUCUAAUGUAAAUCCUGGUGCAGAAUGCGAUGCAAUUUUAGAAGAAACUAGACCUUCAACUACGUCAGAUGGAGAAAUGAAAUGUUUAAUGAAAGAGAUAAACGCAGAAGAUUUAAAAAUAACGGGAAGUGUUACAUACAGAAUUUUAAAGAGAGCAAAUUUAAUAAUUGAAGCUGUGAAAGAACACAAAGUGAUUGAUGACACAACAAAAUUAAUAAAGUUGAUAAAUGAAGAAGAAGAACGUGAAGGUUACGACGUUAAAAUUGAUAAAAAAUCUUUAGUGAGGUUGUUACAAAAAUUAGCUGUCGAUAAUUUGGUAAAAAAUAUUAAAUUAACUCUCAGUGCCAAUGGUAAACAAAAAUCCUUGACUUUUAUUUGCGAUCCGAGUAUAAAUGUAAAUCAUUCUGUUAUUCGAUCAGCUGUCGAACAAGCCCGAGUCAAAUUUUGUUUGACAAGAUUUAAUAAAGAAAUGAAAAACAAUGCAAAUUUGAGUAAAAAUAAAAAUAAUUCAGAUAAUGAUUUAGGAAAAUCAACAAAAAAAGUUAAAAAUACCAAUGAUAUUAAUACCAAUCAAAAAAUCAUUCCUGCAAAUUUGACAUUUGAUCCUAAAGCUGGAAAAAAAUAUGGAUAUAGUCCUAAAUUUAUACGAAUGCAAAUUCUUCAUCAAUUUUUAUACUAUUUAAUUUAUGAUCAUCAAGGACCAUUGAAGAUACCUCGAGAACAACAGAUUCAAAGUUUGAAAAUGAAGGGAUAUCAAAUUGAUGACGAAUUGGAAAAAGAAAUGGGAGAGAUUUAUAAUACACAAGUAGGUUGGAAGAUGUUUGUUCCUCCACUUCCAGAUCACAAUGGUUGGCCUUUAGGAUGGGCCUUGAUGUGUGAUAUUUUAUUGAGAAUUCCUCUGUCAAUUUUUUUGAAAAUAUACAGACUUCCUUUUUUUAUUCCCAACUUGGACUUUUACAUAAAUCAUUCGAUCAGAAAGCAUUACUUGAUCAAAGAUCUACCGACUUUACUGAGGAAUGCACUUCUGCUCAAGAGAAAAUAUAUUUUUAGCAUUCAUGAGACGAUUACCAGACUCAGUUACAUUGGAUUAAUUCAAUUCGGUCCUCAGAAACUCAAAGAAAAGGAUCAGAUUUUUAUUUUCCUUAACAAAAAAAGUGAAUUGAUGGAUACAACAACUUCUGCAGCAGGUUAUCAUAAAAUUGAAGAUAAAGAAUAUCCUGUUUCUAAAUAUUUUUUUGAAAGAAUAACAGAUGUUGAAAAAUACUGGUAUGACAUGUGGCAUAUUUGUAUAAAUACUCAUCUUGGUGGAAGAUUAGCAGUCCAAGGAACAGAAAUAAUUCUUGAAGAUCUAACGAAGAAGCCUGAAAUGCUCCAAUGUUUAAAACCAGUAAGUGCUUAUGAAGCAAAAUCUUUAGAUAUUGGCAUCAUGCCCGGCGAUAAGAAAGGAGCUGCAGGUAUUGAUUCAGCUUUUUUCUCACACCUAAAGAGAAACUGGAAUUGGGACAAUUUUAAUAGCUAUAGAUCCCCACGAGACCUAGAGAAAAAAGAACCGGAUCCUGAACGCAAAGCUCAUUUAUCCAAAGUUGAAGCUAAGCCGAUCAAGUAUACUGAAUUUACAGGAUUAAAAAAGAAGAGUGGACCAACUACAGUAGAUGCAAAUAUUCUUAAAAAUAGAAAAGCUCAAAAACCAGUUAGUUUAUCUACAGUAGAAAAAACUCUAAAACAUAAAUUAUUGUCCAAGAAUAUGAGAAAGCAAAGUACAGUUAAAGUACUUAGAAAAGUUAUGCCCAGAAAAGUAAAAACAAGAAAACGAGUGAAGUAUGAUGACAUUGAUUAUAGUGCUCUUCAACAUAUGGCAAAGUUGCGAGUAGACUGGGAUCCAAGAGAAGACAACAUUUUAUUAGUCUGCAAAGUCGUCAUGUUAUACCUUUGUCCCAAUCCACGAAAGCAAUUGAUCACAUUCCCAGCUGUAAGAGAUGUUUUACGUUCUUAUUCACUCAGCUCACAUAAUAAAACAUCUCGAGCUUGUCAGAGACGUCUUUUGUAUAUGUUAAAACAACCACAAACAGCACACAGUGUUGCAUUGGGUGUAGAAGAGAUAAAACAGAAUUACUAUGUCAAUAAAAAAUACAAAGACAUCGUUAAUAAAAUAAAAAAGACAUGUGAUCCAAAUGAACAAGAAGAAAAAAUAACUUCCACUUUUAAAGCUCUUGUUGCUUAUGUAGCCAAAAAAUAUUACGACUUGUCUAAAUCAAAACCUACCAUAGAAUCAUCAUGUAAACCACAAACACUUCAAGAAUUUAAAAUUUUUUAUGAAGUUAGCCAUCCACAAAAGCCUCAGAAAGGAUUCACUUGUGAUAUCAAAAAUGUCAAUGAUAUUCAUACAGCUACAAUUAAUUCUGUUAUUUACAGUUCCAUGUGUUGUGGAAAAGAUCGAAGAUCAUGGGCAUAUCAGUUGUUCAGAAUUUAUCAACAAUAUCCUGAAAUUUUAUUAAGAAAUGCUAUGGCGAAAAUUAGAGCUGAUGGUAUGGUUUCUGUAGCAAAACAUUAUCUAACUGCUCUUAAAAAAUACGGAAAUUGUUUACCGAUCAGCAGUUCUCAAUAUCAGUUAAGUACGACUUAUUUGUAUAAAUUUCAAACAAAACUACCUUUUGAAGCCUUUAGUGAAAUUCAGAAUUUCUUAGAAAGUAUAAUUAAAGGAUAUAAAGAAAAUCCAAAUAUUGUUGCUAAAGGAGUUAAUGUUCAACCACCAACUGGUGGAAUGGUUCUUGGAAUUCAAGAGUAUCUAAUUGAUAAUAAAAUGGAUUUCAAUGUAGAAUUACCUGAUCACGUUAUUACAUUGGAUAGUGGAAUUCGAGAGUAUGAUGAGACAUACGUAAGAAUUGCUAAGAGAUAUCAGGAUAUUUUAUUAGCAUUAGAACUACUUAAUACAGAGCAAACAGAAUCUGUAAGACCUCAAGCAAUAGCUAGUAGUAGUCAUCAGCCAAAUAUAGAAGAAGCAACUGUAGAAGAAAAAAGUAAUGAAGAUGAUAGAGAAACCGCUGGUGAUGAGCCUAGAAUUAAAUCUGAUUCUACUGGAGGGAAUCAAAAAACAAAGAAAUUCCUGACUAAAAAAUACCAAUGGGGAUUUUAUCAAGUCAAAGGACAGACAGAUGAACAAGAUAAUGAAGACUGGUAUUUUAAUAAUAAUGAUUCUGAAGAUGAAGUUGGGUGUAUUCACUUUCAAGAUGGUAGUGUUGUAAAUAUUAAUACGUCUGACAUUGAAAAUUCUAAAAACUUCACCAUUGAUGAAAGUAUUCAUGAAGCUUUCUUGAAAACUCAUGGAGAUAAUUUUCGGGAUUUUAUUCAGUCUAGUUCAAUUAAUGCUUUAAAAGAAAUGGGUCAAAGUUCAACGCCAAUGGACGUUGAUGAAGAAAUCGAUCAAAGCAAUAAUUUAGAUGACGUUGAAAUGGACUACGAUACAAUAGCAAAUACUGGAAACAAUCACCAAAAUAAUAGUAAUCGAGAAGAUCGAAACUGUGUUGAACAUGUUGAAAUAAAACCGAUGUGUUUUGAAAAUAUAAAAUUUGCUUCAAAUUCAACUGAAAAUAGAGAUUUACAGCCUGGAACAAGUUCAAAUCAUCAGAGAGAAGAUACUAGUGAUGCACAAAGAAGAUAUACAAGGAUUGCAUUAUUAAAAAUGAGAGAAGAGUUAAUCGAAGAUUUACCUGAUAGUCAUCAUGCUCAUGAGUAUUUUGCUGUCAACACUUUUGGUAUUUCUUAUUUAUUCCCAGAAAUAGAAGAAGAGAAAAUUAAUAAUCAUGAAUUUGUAGUUGAUGAUAAAUUAUUUCAUAAUGUAUUAAUGUUUGAAAUAGAAACUUUUAAGAAGAUCAUAAAUGACUUGAAUAAAUUUGCCAUUUUUCCAAGGAAAUUUGUAGAUUAUCCUCGUGUAAAAGAAGACUUGGCAAUGAUGACAGAGUUAAAGGAAGAGGAAAUAGAUUUAAUAUACGAUUAUGUUAGAAAUAAACAUGAACAAGGUGCAACUUCAAAAGAAUUAACAUUAAAGUUUUACAAGAUUCUUGGCGAUAAGAUGUAUGACAUUCUUACUUUCAUGACAGACCAGCGAUUAUUCUUAAGAUCUGGUGUCUCCGAGAUGCAUUAUAUACAUUAUAACUAUGUUGAUCCUUGGCUUAUCCAAUCCAUACGGAUUAUGCGACUUCACAGAGAAGCUUUACCGCCCAUUCCUCCUGAUAGUAUUUACAUAUUUAAUUCAAGUCAUGCAGGUACUGAAAAAAGUAAUGAGAAUGAUGAUGAAUGCGACAAUUCGAAUGAAAAAGAGUUUGAAGAAUUAAGUAUUCCAUCAUCAAAAAAUAAGAAAAAUAAUGCUGAUAAGGAUAAUACCAUUGAUAGUAAUCCUAAUAAUACUGAAGUGACAAGAAGCCAAACUGUUGAUAAAAAGGAGAAAAAUGAAGAAGAAACUAGUGCAGUGAACUCGAGUAAACAGAAUCAUCGGAAAAGUAGAACUUGCUUAUUACAGACAAAAGAUAUUUAUACUGCAGCUAAAAAAUUAGACUUAAAUACCGCUGAAGAUAUAAGAGUAGUUAUAAGGCCUUGGAUAAAAAUUGACGGUGUAAUUAAUAAAGGCAUGUUAGAAAAAAUGCUAGGUGCAGUACUAGCACACUGCAUUAUGAAUCCAGGCAUUAAUUUGUCUCAGAUACAAAGUCGGUUUUUACCAGCUUUACAACCUUAUCACACUCGAGAGCUUGUCGAGCUGCUCAUUAAAUUGGAGUGUCUAACAUUAAGAGUUUUACGCAAAAACACGACAAUACUAUUUUCAAAAUCACCAUCAACAAAAAUAUAUCAUCCUGCUAAAAUGGACGGUUCCUCCGAAUAUGGAAAUGAAAUGAUUGUCGAAGCAACAACUAGAGCAUCAAUUAGAUUUGGAACAUUUUUUCGAUUUUAUCAUGCUCAACGUUCAACAUCUGAUAUUACUGAUACGUGAUUAUAAAUUAAAAUCAAACAACGUCGAUAAAAUAAAACAACUCCCUGUGAUAAA